AUGACCACCACGACCACCUUCAAGGGGAUGGAUCCCAGAGGCCGGAGCAGCUCCAGAGUUCUUUGCCCUCCAGGUGGUAGUUCCAAUUUCUCUUUGAGAUUUGAUGAACCAAAAGUCCAACCAAUGCAAAAGAACAGGAUGGCAUCCAGUAUCUUUGGGACUGUAGAAGAGAAUCCACCUUCUUGGGCUAGGUCAACAGCAGCCAAGCCCGGUGAUAUCAGUGAUAGUUCUGAAGCACCUGGAUCCCGAAGAAAACCUUCUGAUGCAGACUGUGGAGACUUUGUAGAUCCAAAGGGUGGAGAAUUCGAGAUUCCUGAAAACACUGAGGCUGAAACAAAAACUGCUUCAGGCCCGAGUGAAGAAAAACCCCUGCCAGCUGCACCUGUUCCUAGCCCAGUAGCCCCUGCCCCUUCUAAAAGAAAUCCACCUGGUGGGAAGUCCAGCCUAGUCCUUGGUUAA